AAAACAUUUUCCCAAAACUGUAUCAUUUCAUUUUGAGAACGCGACAAUCGCGUUUGCAAUGAUGGCACCAACAAGGGAUCUCGUUAUCCUUAUCUUUCUUGGGUCUCUUGGCAUCGUUUUGGGACGGGUCGAUGUCGGGAAGGCGUUCGGAAAAGCCCGGGCCAUACUCCAACCACACCAAGCUCGUGAUUUUCAUCGUAGGCCAAUCAAGGUACGCGUUAGUAACCCCGACAUCGAUGAAGUCCCAAUAGAUCGGUAUAGGCCUAAUGAUGAGUUCGUUUACGAACCAGUCAACGUCGAACCAAUAGACAAUGCCCAGACAGCAUCAAGGCUUAGACCAGCCGUGGGCGCCACCCCUUGCCACACUGCAGAGCAAUGGGAGGGAAGAGCCAGCGAGUGGGAUCACAUCCAGGGCAUCAACAACCGUUUCAACAUCACAUUCGAUGGCGUUAACCGAAGAAAGAGGAUCAUGGAAGAUAAACACGCCCAGCUUCCAGGAAAAAGGAUCUACGAGUACAUCAUGCUUUAUGAUGAAGGGAUACAAUACGUCAUCAAUCACAACUACAACACAUGCACAGUGGAACAGCUAGGAACCUGGCGCAACUUCACCAUUCCAUCCAAUGCCACCCUGGAAGACUACUACGAGAUUGGUGCUCCAGGAAAUGGCUUCAUGGUGCAAGAGUGGUCUGACAGAAUCCCAGGAAGGCAAAAGGAGAGCUGGAUCGGUACAUUUACUGAUAAUGGCUGCUGGCCUGUGACGGAGAUCUUCAUGGAGAAGGACGAAAACAAGACCAUGAUUCAAUCGGUCAGUACCAGGUUCUUUGAUCUACGGGAAAAUAUAGCAAACAUGUCCGUCUUCACACCACCAUCGUUUUGUAACAACACCAAUCUUACGAUCACACCUAAGGCACAGAACACCGAAACUCGGUCAAGACCAGCCAACCCACGAGCACGUCUUCAAUCCAGCCGAAGAAUCCCGAGCAACGUUCCGGUCCGCCGACCACAUACGCCGAGGUUCUCCCAGAACAAGCGAGAGCGAAUGAUUGACCCGAGCCGAAUGGAAAACGAACGCAGUCUGCUCGAGGCGAUUCUUUCCGGAGAUCACCGACGAAUCCCCGAAGGGAUGGGACGAAUGACCCAGGGUAUCUUGCACAAAGCAUAUGAUGCUGCCGUGAGGAGUGGAAGAAGGGAUUAGAGACAUCAGCGUUCAUUUUCCUGAAUGUAUUGCAUGUCAAGGCAAAUUUACACUUUGAAAAUAUCUUAUGAUUAUAACGACUCCACAUUAUUACCCUAUGACAUUUUAAAGGUACAAUAUAUCUCUUUGAGCGAAUUAUAAUAUGACUAUCGACAAAUUCCCAUUGAGUGAGCAUUCCCUAAGUCAUCUUUUAAAAAGCUCGUAAAAAAUUACUUCAGCAAUUUUCAUGAAUAAAGGUGUGCUUAAUCAUGGACCUACUACACAUGGUUAGGCCUACCUAAGAACGUUGAUCGGAAGAUAUUUGUUUUAUUUAAUAUAUAAUCAUUUCCCCAAAACAUUUCCUCAUUUCCUCAGGUAAUACCUCCAUCAAGAUUAAAUACAAUUGUGACGGAGAAGUCACUGGUAUCUAUAAAUUGUCGUAGUAUUUUAUUCAAGAUAGAACAGAGAAGUAUUCCAAACUAUAAGACGAGAUAGAUUAAACGCCAAACAAUAGCAGUCUACUACGAGAUGUGCUCGAGAUUAUCAAAUGGCUCUUUAUCUAAAGGAACUAUCACUGUACGAAAUACCCGUUUUAUUUCCUUCUUAACCCCUCAACUCACACACAGCAAAAAACUGUGAUGUUAACCGGUGUACAUAGAGGACCGCAUGUUAUUUUACACCGGUGUUAAAUUGACAUUGUUAGUUUAGCACCUAUAGGUGGUAUACAUGACCUUUUGUUGUUACAUUUACACUCUUUGGUGCUACGAUAAAUCUCGAGGGAGUAAUUUUUACACCUCAGGGUGUGGUCCUCUAUUAACACCAACUGGUCUCAGUUUUAACACCACAGUUCUUGCAGUUCAUGUAUGCGUUAGUGUAACUUUACUAACAUGAAAUAUGCUGAUAGUAAUAUUAAAAACAUAUUUUGCAACUU